UUUCUCUCUUUAGUGGUGAUUUUAGUGCAAACCUCAAUGCAGUCACAACAAGCUGACCUGGGUCAUACGAGAGUGCUAUCACAGUGUACAGGACUAGUCUAGUGUCACUGUUUACGUAAAAUGAAGGAGCGAAGAGUCAGCCAGCCGUUGGUAAUACGUUGUAAAUUGGUUUUAGUAGGAGAUGUGCAGUGCGGGAAAACAGCAAUGUUGCAAGUCUUGGCCAAAGACUGUUAUCCUGAGACGUACGUCCCAACAGUAUUUGAGAACUACACCGCUGGACUGGACCUAGACGAGCAGCGCGUGGAGCUCAGUUUAUGGGACACGUCAGGUUCACCAUAUUAUGAUAAUGUCAGGCCUCUGUGCUACAGCGACGCAGAUGCUGUUUUGCUCUGCUUUGAUAUAAGCCAACCUGACACCGUUGAAAGCGCCCUGAAAAAGUGGAAGGCAGAAAUCGUGGAUUUCUGUCCCAGUAUGCGAAUAAUACUGGUUGGUUGUAAGACAGACCUUCGCACAGAUGUUUGCACUCUGAUGGAGCUGUCCAAUCAGAGACUUACACCCAUCUCCCAUGAGCAGGGCACCUUGUUGGCAAAGCAGGUUGGAGCGGAGGUGUACCUGGAAUGCUCUGCAUUCACAUCUGAGAAGAGCAUCCACAGCGUGUUUCGAUCAGCGGCACUCACAUGCCUCAACAAACUGCAGGCACCCUUAAAGCAAAGCCCCACACGUCGACUCUCCAAACGCCGCCUCCACCUGCCCAGCAAGGCAGAGCUCCUUACCUCCUCCUUCAGCAAGGAGAGAACCAAGAGCUGCUCCAUUAUGUGAGCCCACACCUGCCGCUCUAGCUCCAAAAAACAAAUUGUUCGCUCUUCGAGAGGAUUGGCCAGGGGGUUUGAGAGGAGGGGAGGUCAUGACCUUUCAUGACCCCUCUCUCUCUCUACAAUCAUGUUCUUAUUCUUCCACCCUGACACCCCACCCACAAACAUGCUCAUUCCUGUGUCAAAGAGCAGAGGACGUUGCUAAAUGUUAUAAAUCCUUAUGCUAAAGUAUUGAUUUAUUUCCCUUUACCAGCAAAUUGCUUUACAUGAACUGCAUUAUUGCAGUAUUAAUGAUCAAUCAGACAAAGAGGGGUUAUUGUAAAUGCAUUACAUAUUGGACACUGUAAAAAUACAUUUGGCAUUUGUUUCAUUUGUUAGUGUGCGUACAUUUAUGGGAAUGGGGCUUGAGCUGUGAACGUAAUCAACUAUUCAAAGGAAGCUGAUGUACUUUAGUGGAUGUAGAUGUGAGAGUAACUGGUUGGGCAUGUCAGACAAGGACACUGAAAAAUAAAAGGACAAUUGAGUACGGUUUGGCGUUAGUCACUGUUUCAAUACAGGAUUAUGCUUUGGUUGUACAUGUGAAAGUCAAAAGCUCUGUGAGUGAAUGAUCUUGAAGACAUGAAAGCACGAGGGAAGAGCUAAACAAGACUUUAUUUCCUCCUGAAAAGGAGGACAGUGUUAUAAAUUUGCAGCUAGAUGGAGCAUCCAAUCACACUUGUUAAAUCCAAAUGUAUUGGAGAUGCUGACACGCACUCUUUCACUUUCUAUCUCAUGUCUAAUGUAGUCCUUCAUGCAUUCUCUACCACUAGAGAAUGGGUCAUAAAUCUCUGCCAGUGAGCUAAAGCCCAGCACUGCCCUUUAGAGACAGAAUUGCCCAGGCCAUUUCUCAGUAUAGAGCAGAGCUCAUGCAGAAGUUAUUGCCUCAUAGACCCCUUCCAGAUGUUGAUUUUAUUUUUUUGAAAAUAAGAUCUUUCUCUGAUGUAAUUUUGAAGAUGGACUGAGAAGGCCAGAGGCAGGGAUGAUGUGGGAUUACUAGGGGACAAAAAAACAUUGCAGACAGUCCACCAAAACUGAUCAAUGUUACAUAAGCGAGAGGACAAUUUGAAUGUGUCUGUUGAUUUUUUUCUUUUUUUUUACUGGUCUUUCCCCUUAAAGUAAUCUUAGCAUUUUUUCCAACCCCUUAUUCUCAAAAACAGACAUGUAAAUUACUCCUGCCAGGUUGUACUAUGUUGGUUUUUAUCUGGGCUGGACAUUGAAGUGCAUUACAUUUUCUCAUAUUCUGGUGCAUUUAGUCUCACUGUCAGAGAGCACUCUCCUCUCAUCCUAAACCUCAUUCUGGUAAUCUCUGUUUCAAAUCCCACCACCCUGGUUGUGUAAUGCUUAAUCAUAAAACAACUAAAUCCUCACUUGGGGCUUAUAAAUGGCCAUGUACCGAGAACUCAGAGGGGCAUUACAAGAAAUCUUUCAAAUGACCACAGAUUUCUUGUUCUACUCAAGAAGUUCAUAAUAUUUAGUAUGAUCAAAGAGAAUGUUAGGGGAAUAACUUACUACGUAAAGUAGGGUGAAUUCAGGUAAAAUGGGACACUUUCUGAACAUUUCUCAACAGCGUUGUUUUAAAAUAUGCCAAAUGGCUUAGCCCUGUCACACAAUACCAUUUUAAAUAGCUAAAGAUUUCCAUUAUACUAUAUGGAGGAAAACAGAACAAAUAUCAAACACUAAAACGGUGUCUCGCUUUACUUGAAUUCAUUCUAUCACAUUUCCAAAAUGUUUUAGUUUUUCCCAUUUUUUUUACUUAACUGAAUUCUUUGGGGGUUUGUCAUUAUUGUCAUUGAACACUGUCUGAAAGCAUCUCAAAGUGCAAGGGAAGGCCAUAUAAUUUACAUAACUGCAUCAGUGUUUUGAGGGUUUAAAUGCGUUGGGAGGACAUCUAGCAUGAAAUCUGGUCUUAAAUUACUUCAAAAUUUAAAUCUACUGGUAAACUUCAUUCACUGGUCCAGAAAGUUGAAGUUAUGGAAAUCUGUCAAUUGUAGCAUCUGAUAUUGUGAAAAAUGCAGAUUCAGUCAAUCUAAAUUUGCCAAAUUACCAUCUUGAGAAUGAGAGUGAGAAUACUGUAUAUAUGAACUAGUGUUGCCAUAAUUGCACCUCCAAACUACAUCAUUUAUAUAUCAUUUACUCUAGAUCAUUUAAAAGUUUAAUACAUAGACCUGCAUCACACCAUGAACAUGCAUUAAUCCCUUAAUUUUACACUGUUGCCUAGCAACAGACAAGUCAAUUAAGGUGGACUGUACAUCUGAAAAUCACUCAAGAGAAAUUGACAGACAGAAAAAGAGAGAAACAGGGGGUAAAAAAGUGAAAAUAAGGACAAGUUCUCUCACUGUAGCUUUACAAAUGGAUUCCCAGAUAGGGUCAUCAUGGCUAUAGUUAGUUUAUAGUUCAAUAUAUGACUCAUCUUACAGGCCAUCAUCUUGAUAUGAAUUUGUUACUGUUGUCUUGUUUAGUAGCACUCUUUUAUUUUUUAUGUGGCGGACCUCCACAAUCUUCCUUUUGUUACUUAAGUCUGGAUGUAAAUACUGUAUGUUGUGCAUAAUAAUUUUUGUACAGCCCUUUAAAUUAUGUCUGUGAAGCAUACAAUUUAAAAACAGACAUUGUGAUUGUGUGUGCGCAAUGUAAUGUGUAACUUGUUAAUGAAAGUUAGUUAUUGCUGGUUUUGUUUCUGUGGUCUUUAUUCCUUUAUUUUAGAUGAUGCAUUUUAUAUUGAAUAUUGUUCAUUUAUUUUUUCCCUUGUCUCUGAUCCCAUGUGUCACUCUUAAAUUAAUUAAAACCUUGAUUUGGUC